AUGUCGCCAGAUGUUUUAACAAGUCUGACCUCGUCGCUUCCAAUAAUAACUGCAUCAACAGUCCCUCCUGUUGGCCGCAGCAGUGAUCAGCAUUUUCUGGAGUGCUCAAAGAGCCAAUAUGUUAUUAGGAAUCCCGCUGACCUCCAUCAAUUGGAUGGCUGCGAAUUGGUAAAGGGUGAUAUUCUUGUGACUGACUUCAAUCAUCCCUUACUUAGUUUUGGUGAUAAGUUAAAACAAGUAAAUGGAAGUAUUGUUGUUGAGAAGUCUCCAGAUUUGGUUCGUUUAGAGUCCCCAAAUUUGUUUCUGAUCACAGGGGCUUUCAAGUUACAUCAAUUAACUUCAUUGUCACUUGUGCUGACUCCCAGUCUUCAAACUGUUAGUGGUUUGGAUUGGCAAGUACUUCCUAUUUUAUCUAACGUCCAAAUCUCUCCGGGUGUCUCAAAUAUUUCGACUAUUAUUAUCAGUGACACCAGUUUAAUGGGCUUUGCUGGGUUCAAUUCUGAGGACUUGGAUAUUCUAGAUAUCAACAACAACAGGUUUUUGGAUUCAAUAAAGUGCAAUGUUGUUAAUAUUAAGGAGAAGUUGCACAUUGCUGCUAACUCAAGAGAAUUGUCUUUAAGUUUGCCUAAAUUAGUUAAGGCUAACAACUUGACUAUUCAUGAUGUUUCCCAAGUUGACUUGGCUAACUUACAGAUAGUCAGUAAUUCUAUGUCUAUUAUUCAAAACAACUUGAAGCUGUUGAAAGUUCCCUUCCUUUCAAAAGUUGGUGGAACUUUAUCUUUGCUUAAGAAUGAUGGCCUUGCAAAUGUUGAUAUUCCUGAGCUCAAAGAAGUAGGUGGCGGGCUUAUGAUUAUGAAUAAUACUCGAUUAGAUAAGAUUAAUUUCUUACCGCGUCUAACAAUGAUUGGGGGGGCCUUGGAGUUGGCAGGGAACAUCAAGGAAGCAAAGUUUCCCUCAUUGAAGCUUGUUAAGGGAUCAGCUAUAAUCCGUUCAUUUGUUUCCCUGUUUGACUGUAAUCGAUGGUCACACUCAGAUAUCCGUUCCAUUGUGAGAGGUGGAAAGAUUGAAUGCGGGAUCGGCGGGAAUUCACCUGUUGGGUAUGGAACUCCAGGUUCACAAGUAUUUGACUAUAAUACUGGAUCGAAUGGCAAAGGCAAUGGAACUCAUGAAAUUUUAUUUUCAAAUGGAACCUCUAGCGCCUUGUCAAUAUUUGGGGCAUUCCAAAUAGGUUUUGCUUUGUUUAUCAUAGAGAUGACCAUUCACCUUAUAAGAUGA